AUGUAUUCCAGGCUGCUGGCUCCUGGCGUCAUCCUUUGCAGCAGCACUAUCAGUGCCUGUGACAAGACCGAGAAGUGGCAGAUCGCCCUGGACCUUCUGCGGUGCAUGUUCUCUGUGCAGCUGCGCCCCAACGUGAUCUCCUUCAACAGCGGGGUCUCCGCUUGUGAGAAGUUGGGCCUCUGGCAGAAAGCCGCGGUGCUUCUGGUAGACCUCGGCACCACCGGCUGCAGGCCCGACGUCAUAGGCCUUAACGCUGCAAUCAGUGCCUGUGCAAAAGCUGGGUGCUGGCAGCUCUCUUUGGAGAUGCUGGGGAGCAUUUCGACACUUCGUCUGAGCCCGAGCGUCAUCUCUUACAGUAGUGCCAUCAGCGCUUGUGAGAGUGGAGAGCAGUGGGAACGAGCCUUGGCGCUUCUUUUCUGCAUGGGCGAGGCAAGCUCCACACCGAAUGUGGUAAGUUACAGCGGUGCCAUUUCUGCCUGUGACCGUGGCUGCCGCUGGCAGCUCGCGCUGGAAUUGCUUGAUUGCAUGGAAUUCGCGACGGUGAGGCGCAACGUGGU